CAAUCGUCUGUUGACGGCAGCUAUGAGGCUCACCCUGUUCCGCAUUGUGUGUCUGCUGCCAGGCUGCCUGGCCCUGCCACUGUCCCAGGAAGCUGGAGAAGUGACCGCACUUCAGUGGGAACAGGCGCAGAAUUAUCUUAGGAAAUUUUACCUUCACAAUUCUAAAACAAAGAAGGCCACCAGUGCAGUGGACAAACUGAGGGAAAUGCAGAAGUUCUUCGGUUUGCCGGAGACUGGAAAGCUGUCCCCCCGUGUCAUGGAGAUAAUGCAGAAGCCCAGGUGUGGAGUGCCAGAUGUUGCAGAAUUCUCACUAAUGCCAAACAGUCCUAAGUGGCAUUCCAGAAUUGUCACCUACAGAAUCGUGUCCUAUACUUCAGACUUGCCUCGGUUCUUAGUAGAUCAAAUCGUGAAAAGAGCUCUCAGAAUAUGGAGUAUGCAUAUCCCACUGAACUUCAAGAGGGUUAGUUGGGGGACUGCAGACAUCAUAAUUGGCUUCGCAAGGGGAGAUCACGGAGACAACUUCCCAUUUGAUGGGCCAGGAAACACUCUAGGCCAUGCCUUUGCACCUGGGCCAGGCCUCGGCGGAGAUGCUCACUUUGACAAGGAUGAGUACUGGACGGAUGGUGAGGACUCAGGAGUGAACUUCCUGUUUGUUGCCACUCAUGAACUUGGCCACUCUCUGGGUCUGGGUCACUCUUCUGUUCCCGGUUCUGUAAUGUACCCUACCUAUCAAGGAGAUCAUUCAGAAGACUUCAGUCUUACAAAGGACGACAUUGCAGGCAUCCAGAAGUUAUAUGGUAAUAAUCACGGCUUUCCCGAUGAGAAUGUCGGACUUGAAAGAUGUCAGAAAAUAGGGACUUGCCUGGAAACCACAGUGAAAACCUAUGCAGUGGGCCAGCAGAGUGCAAGGCUGUGUGAGGUCCCGAGGCGAAGUGCCAACCUCACAUUCCUGGGGGAUGUUUAUAUCAUGCAUAUGAAGAGAUACUCAUUUUACUUUUAA